AAGAGAGACAGUGAAGCAAGCCGGCAGACAAGACCUCAGGUCCCUCCCAGCUCUGAAGCAGCAGCCAGGCUCUGCAGGAACAAUGCCCACUGUCAGGGCAGGUGGCUUGCCAAGGUUUAAAUGCCUGCGGAGUCUCCUGGCGCGCACCAGCAAGGUUGUCCCUUUAGGGGAGGCUUCCCCCAAGAGGUGGAAGUGCCCGUGCCUAAAAUGGAGAAGGAAUCGGGUUGCGGCAGUACGCAAAGCCAAGCCAGAACCGCAGGCGGAUAAUGCUGCCUCCUUGCCUGAGGUUAGUAUCGUAGGGAGCAGAAGUGGAGGGCGGGCACAAAAGCUCUUGGCGCAGGAGCUUGCAGAACCGCAGGUGGAUAACGCUGCCCCCUUGCCUGAGGAAGUCACCCCGCAGGAGUACUUCCUUUUCUCCGUCACCUCCACCUGCAGAGACACCCGGGCGAGCGGCCAGGAUACUGUCCCAUACGACAAAGAGUUGGUAGCUCAGACCAUUGUGGACAUCGUCGACAAGCAUGAUGAUUUCCUGGACCCCUCCAGCAUACUGAGAAUGUCUAUGGAGGCCAUUUUUUAUCUCAGUUUAAUGAAGCCUCUGUUUUCGACACAAAUGAAAAGAACGAUUAUCCAGGGAAUAUUCUAUUCAAUCUAUGAACUGAUUGAAUUUUCUGAGGAUGACAACGAGGAUCUCCAGGCGAUUUUUGAGUUGAUGCUGAGGGGCCUCCUAUCGGAGGCCCCCUCCCUUGAAACUUUAUCAAGCAUAAUUGAAGACCUGCGCAUUUACAUAGAGGGAAAGGACAAAAAAGAAAGGGACCUGGCGGCCAGUAGCCUCCAAUGGCUGCUGGCCGACGCACUCACAUUCCCAGACCUGACCCUGGAGUCUGUGAGAACCAUCAUCCCUCCCGAGUUGUCCUGGCUCUGCUCCCGAACCAGUGAAGAAGAGCUGGUGAUAGAAGAUCUGGAAUAGAAAGAAUCAAAAUGCUUUCUGGACAGCGAGGGAGGGAGGGAGCACCGUUUGUUGCUUUGUGUAUGUUCC